CCUCUUUCUUCAAUCAAUUAAGUUGUUGCAACAAAAAAAAACACAUAAAACAAAAUGAAGGUUUCAAGUUUUUCAACCAUGAUAAUUCUCUUAACCAUUUUCUCCAUAUUUUUCACACAACCAAUCCAAUGUCAUUCACCAAUGCCAGAUUUGAUCGAAGACGUAUGCCAAAAAACACCUCAUUAUCACCUUUGUCUCGUAACAUUAAAAUCAAAUCUAUAUGCACAUCAUCUAAAAUCACAUGAAGAUAUUUCUGGAUUUGUUCGGAUAAUACUCCAAGUUGUCGCGGCACGAGCACCGGUUGUAUUAGAACAAAUUCAAGACAUUUACAAGCAAACCGAUCACACGCAAUUGAAAAUUGCUUUGGAUAAUUGCAUAACAACUUAUUCUAAAAUAACAAAAGAGAUUAUUCCACAAGCUCUACAAUGUAAUGAGAAAAGUGAUAAUGUUGGUGUGAAAGAAAAAGUUACUAUGGCAGAAAGUUUGGCUGAGUCUUGUGAGCAAAAAUGCAAAGGGACUACUAGCUCUGGUGUUUCUCCACUUGGGGAUAGUAGUGAAUUUGUGCAGAAUAUGUGUUCAAUUGCUGCGUCCAUUGCUAGCAUGCCUCAAUCAAAGAAAUCAACUUAAAAUUGAAUUAGAAACCCAGGCAUACAAUCGUAAAUAUCAGGAUUCGAAGUCUGAUAAUAAUAUUUAACCUAACAAUAUCAUUUAUGUCAGAUGAGUUAGGAUUUACUGAGUUUAUUUUAUUUAUGAGUAUAUAAUGUAUUGAUUGAUAUGUAUGCCUUUUAUAGCCCUUGAAUUUUUGUUUAAUUAUGUUGUUUUUUUCAACAAUUUGUACAUGAUGAAAAAAGGAGUACAAAGCUACAAGCUUGUUUUUA